AUGUUCAAGACUUUGAAUGGACUAUUCUCAAAUAUAGAAUGUCCAUCAAUAAAGCAGGGCCAGAAAUGUGAACUUAUCAAUUGCUUCUUCUCGCAUGAGAGGCAGCGUCACCAUGAUACGUUGAGUCCAGAGGCGGAAAGUGCAAGGAAGAAACAGAAGACUGGAAAUGAGACUCGUUCUAGCAAUGAAGCAGGUGUGAAGUCUAAGAAUGACAAUGACAAUGGCAAUGGAAAUGAAAACGAAAAUGGAAACGAAAAUGGAAAUGGUAAAGACGAAUCCAGGCUGUUGGUAGCUGCUGGACAAGAUCCAAGAAGCAAUGCUCCUGGAGAGAAACUUUCGACGUCUAAACAAGAAUCUAUGAAAGCUGACUCAAUACGAUCUGUGAAAUUAGCUGAGACAACUGCCAAGGAGGCAGAACCCCAGCGGCUCUAUAAUAAACCGCCAUCAACAGCACCAAUAACCGCGCCAGUAACAGCAAAAGUGACCCAGCAUGCUCGCGAAGCGAGCACAACGGGGUCUGGGGCAGCGCCCCAGCCGCCGGAGGCAAGACCCAAUACCGAGAAGUUAGUUUUGAACCCAGCAAAUAGACCUAAAGAUGCCGAGAAUCUGAUUGUGAGACCACUUGUGACCAGUCCGGCCACCCAUCCUCAGCGAAUGUCGUACUUGAAGACAAUUUAUAGUACUCUAAUAUCCACCAGUAAACAUGCUCUGCCCAAGAAGCUGGCUAUUCACUUGGAACAUAAGACGGCGUCCACUAGUACGACAGUAUCGUAUCCGAUGAAUAUUCGCACGCUGGUCAAAAACAUCAGGGCUGGCCAUUACAGCGAAGAAAGUAUGGCUAAACGCAAACGAGCUAUUAAAAAGUCCACGAGUGAGCUGUAUCGAAACGAGCUCGAAAAGCUUAUAGUGCCUCCUGAAAUUCUGAAAACUCGCAGCUACGAAUUGACCCUUCCGCCAACGACUGGUAGACAGUUCGAUAGUGCAAUGCGAACGACUUGUGACCGGUGCGGGUCGCCGUUUCAGAUCAACAAUAAAGAACCCACGAUAUGUAGAUUCCAUCAGCUGAGAAGACUGUAUGAUCCGGUGAAAAAGAAGAGAAGCGAUAUAUUUCCAUGCUGCUCACAGCCAGUAGGUGAAAGCAAUGGCUGUUGUCAGACGACUCGACACGUCUUCAAAAUUGACGAUGCAGAAGUCCUAGCUUCUAUUAUCCCUUAUACCACAGCUCCACCUCAUCACACAUCCGAAAACAAUUCUACAGAGGGUCCUGCUACUACCGCGAGUGCCACUGCCAUGACUUCGAACAGUACAGAAACAUCUAACACCAAGUCACGACUGUUUGCUGCAGCAAUUGAUUGCGAAAUGGCGUACACAACUUUCGGGAUGGAGUUGAUCCGUCUGACUGUGGUAGACUGGGACACUGGCAAGACCGUGCUGGACAGAACAACAUAUCCAUAUGGCGACGUAAUAGAUCUCAACACGAGGUUCAGCGGAGUCCAUUCUCUCGAAGACGGGAUCACUGUCAACAACGUGAAAUACGAUACCAUCACCUUCAAAAAAGCCCGCGAGCUGCUGUUUGACUUUGUUGAUUCAGCCACGAUUCUCGUUGGCCACGGUCUAGAAAACGACCUUCGCUGCCUGCGACUCUGUCACACCCGAGUCGUCGACACUGCUCUCCGUUAUCCCGACCUCAAACCCACCCGAACACAUUCACUACGCGAGCUGGCCUUCACAUACCUGGGUCGCACCAUCCAGACCGGCGAACACGAUAGUAGCGAGGACGCUAUUGCUGCCAUGGAUAUCGUCAAGCAGAACAUCAAACGCGGUCUCGCUCGGUGA